UCAACAGCCAUUGCAAAGCAAUAUAUACUCUCUUGACCAUCCUCGGCCUAUCUACACUCUUCCCAAACUUUCACAUCACCAACCGCCAAAAUAGCUCCGUUCUUCGGCUCGCAUACCAGAAAACUCAGCCGUACUUCCAAUCCGGUCCAUCAAUCCCCCGAGACUACCAAUACUACCACAAUGUCUCAAGACCCAUUGGAAAUCGCAAAGCAAGCUGAGCGUGAUCUCAACUCGCAGGAGGCGAAGGGUAACACGAAGAAUGCUAGUGAUUCAGUCAACGACUCCGGCGUAAACGAAAACGUAGAAACCAAAUUCCCCGGCGCAACCGUCAAAAUCGGUGGUCAAGGUGCAGGAGACAACCGCGAGAUUCCUCUUGAUGAGGGCGGAAGUAUUAAUAAGGAGACCGGCCAACCAACCAAAGCCAAAGACUUCGAAGGCCCCGGCGGACCGGAAGAUAAAGCGGCAAUUGACGCAGCGAACCGAGGCGGAGAUAAUGAUAUUCGGGAGAAUGUGAGGCAGGGUGGGGAGACGAAGAGGCCUUGAGGGGAUCUGUGAUCUCAAGAAGAAAAAAGAAAGAGAUGGCAUUGGGAUACAUCGAGAUGAGGAACGACUCUCUUGUGAGAGACUUAUGUCUCAACGUGAUCAUGGCUUGAAUAAGAAAUUCGAAUGAAAAAUGGCACACAUGACACACACAUCACCAAUCUUGUUCAGUCUUGCGAAGAAUGAUGAAUGUCUUCUGUUCACAUGAGGCAG